AUGGGUUACACAAAGACCGACGAGCUCGCCAUCAACACCAUUCGGGUCCUGGCCGCCGAUGCGACCGCCCAUGCCAACUCUGGCCACCCUGGUGCGCCCAUGGGCAUGGCACCCGUGGCCCACGUUCUCUACAGCAAGUUCAUGAAGUUCAACCCAAAGAACCCAAACUGGCUGAACCGUGACCGCUUCGUUCUCUCCAACGGCCACGGAUGCAUGCUUCAGUAUGCUCUGCUUCACCUCUACGGGUAUGCCCUGUCCAUCGACGACCUCAAGGCCUUCCGUCACGUUGACAGCAUCACUCCCGGCCACCCCGAGGCCCACGAUACCCCCGGUGUCGAGGUCACCACCGGCCCUCUGGGUCAGGGAAUUAGCAACGCUGUCGGUCUCGCCAUUGCCCAGGCCCACACCGCUGCCAUCUACAACAAGCCCGGCUUCGACCUGGUCAACAACUACACAUACGCCUUCCUUGGUGAUGGCUGCUUGAUGGAGGGUGUCUCAUCAGAGGCCUCCUCCCUGGCCGGUCACCUGCAGCUCGGCAACCUGAUUGCCAUCUACGAUGACAACCACAUCUCCAUCGACGGUGACACCAACCAGGCCUUCACCGAGGACGUCAAGAAGCGAUACGAGUCCUACGGCUGGCACGUCCUCGAGGUCUCCGACGGUGACAGCGACCUCGACAGCAUCGAGAAGGCCAUCAAGGAGGCUCAGGCCGUCAAGGACAAGCCCACCAUCAUCAAGCUCAAGACCAUCAUCGGCUUCGGCUCCAAGAACCAGGGCACCCACGGUGUCCACGGCUCCCCCCUCAAGGCUGACGACAUCAAGCAGCUCAAGGAGAAGUGGGGCUUCAACCCUGAGCAGAGCUUCGCUGUGCCCCAGGAGGUGUACGACCUGACCGGCAAGGUUGCCUCUGCCGGUGCCGCUGCUGAGCAGGAGUGGAACAAGCUCUUCGCCAGCUACGCUGAGAAGUACAAGGCCGAGCACGACGACCUGACCCGCCGCCUGUCCGGCAAGCUGCCCGAGGGCUGGGAGAAGUCGCUGCCCGUCUACACCCCCGCCGACUCUGCUGUCGCCUCCCGAAAGCUGUCCGAGAUCGUCCUGCAGAAGAUCCACUCCGUCAUCCCCGAGCUGGUUGGUGGCUCAGCCGAUCUGACUGGCUCCAACCUGACCCGGUGGAAGGAUGCUGUCGACUUCCAGCCCCCAUCCACCGGCCUGGGCGACUACACUGGACGUUACAUCCGGUACGGUGUCCGUGAGCACGGUAUGGGCGCCAUCCUCAACGGUCUGGCCGCCUACGGUACCAUCAUCCCCUACGGUGGUACCUUCCUCAACUUCGUCUCGUACGCCGCCGGUGCCGUCCGUCUGUCGGCCCUGUCCCAGCAGCGCGUCAUCUGGGUCGCCACCCACGACUCGAUCGGUCUUGGUGAGGACGGCCCUACCCACCAGCCUAUCGAGACCCUGGCCCACUUCCGCGCUCUGCCCAACUGCAUGGUGUGGCGCCCUGCCGACGGUAACGAGACCAGCGCCGCCUACUACGUUGCCCUCACUUCCCAGCACACCCCCAGCAUCCUGGCCCUGUCCCGACAGAACCUGCCACAGCUCGAGAGCUCCACGAUCGAGCGUGCCGCCAAGGGUGGGUACGUCCUGCACGAGGUCGAGGGCGCACAGAUCACCCUGGUGUCCACCGGGUCCGAGGUGUGCAUCUGCGUCGACGCUGUCAAGGAGCUGGAGAAGAAGGGCAUCAAGGCCCGUGUCGUCUCCAUCCCCUGCUUCGAGGUGUUCGACGCCCAGUCCAAGGACUACCGCCUGUCCGUCCUGCCCGACGGCAUCCCAUCCCUGUCUGUUGAGGUCAUGAGCACUAUGGGCUGGGAGAGGUAUACCCACGAGCAGUUCGGCCUGAACCGCUUCGGUGCCUCUGGCGCAUACCUGGAUGUGUACAAGAAGUUUGAGUUCACGCCCGAGGGUAUCUCCAAGCGCGCACAGGCCACCAUCGACUUCUGGAAGGAUGUGCCCAACAUCCGCUCCCCCAUCAACCGGGCGUUCCAGCAGCUCAUCUAA